CCGACAUGUCGAUUAAAUUAGCGCCAUCUACUGAAAACAAAAAUGGUGGCUAACAAUAUGCCCUAUCCCUGCCCUGGUUUUAUGGCACGGCAAAUGUCUGCGUUCUCUAGGCUUCUUUCUAUUAUGCAUUUCCCUUCAACCAAUAUAUCCAAUUUUAAUGUGAAGAAGGGGAAUCAUUACCUUGCUGUUGAUUCUAUAUCACGUGUGAAAUAAACGAAGCUCUUCUAACCAAACAGAAGGAAAUUACUAAAAUACGUGUAACAUUGUGGCAAUACAGUAAGGGGUAAACGCAUUGUUGUUUCACUUAAAGCAAAACGGAAAAAAAGAAAUCUUAUUUUGCUACAUGAAUCUACAACUUAUCUAUAUUUUUUACGGCUAUCAAAAAUGCUAUGAUGCAGUAUAAUCAAUAAACGUUGGAUUUUAUACGAAUUGGUAAUGACAGAUAGAACGAGUACAAUGAAGCUAGAAGCUGAAAUGGCUGCUCCCUUGCAUUUGCAAAGAUUAGAACGUAGCUUAAAUGUUCAGCCAUUCUUAAGACAAAUUGAUGAUUUGUUUCAAGAGCAUGCUAGCGAAGAUGACAAAUCAAUGUCUUCUGAUUCAUCUGAUGGAUCAGAUGCUUAUCUUGAUGAUGUAUUGACACGGAAAGAAGAAGAACGAAUCAAUAAAUUAAGACUGUAUAAUAUGUCAAAUGUGGGUGAAGAAAGAAGGUGGUUGCAAGAUAUAUUGUUGAGCGAUUCAGAAAGUUCAGCAUCUGGUUCUGAUACAGAUAAUCCUGUCACCGAAGAAGAUUUUCAAGAAAUGCUUAAAUACCACAUAUUGCGUAAAAAAUAUCAAGGACGUUUUUAUCAAAAGCCUGAAAAUAUACAAUAUCAAUAUUAUAGUGCCGGUUUAUUGUCCAGUUAUGAUAAAUUUUUAGAACAUCAGAAAUUAAUAGUUGGUAACAAAAAGAAGAAAGAUAAAAAACCAGAGAAAAAAGUUAUGAAGAUAAAGAAAGAAAAAAUUCCUCGACAUAGACAAUCUGAAAAUUAUCAUGAAGGUGAUUAUAUGGAUGAAGAAUGGGAUCGUACAAUUCCUAAAGAAGAAGAAUUGGAUGAAGCAGAUUUGGAAGCAAUAAUGCGACAUCAGCCUCGUCCACGAGGACGAAAAAAGCAUAAUAAUAAAAGUCCCGAGGUAAUGGCACUUAGAAGAAGAAAAAUUUGGAUUAUGAUGUCGAAAAAAGAGCUUGGAAAAGUGCAAAGAGCAAAAAUAAAUAAUCAUAAAGAAAUGUUAAUAAGUUGUAAAAAAGUAGCUCAACAUUGCAUGAAACAUUGGAGACAAAAAGCAAUGCAGUCUCAAAAAAAUAUGAAAGAAACUAUUUGGAGAGCGAAAAGGUUGACAAGGGAAAUGCAAUCUUAUUGGAAACGAUAUGAUCGUGUUGAACGAGAAACUAGAAGAAGAUUAGAAAAAGAAGCAGAAGAACAACGUAAAAUGGAUGUUGAACUAAUAGAGGCUAAGCGUCAACAAAGAAAAUUAAAUUUUCUUAUUACCCAAACUGAACUUUAUGCUCACUUUAUGUCAAGGAAAUUAGGAAAAGCUUCUCCAGAAGAACAACUUAGAAUUUUAAAUCAAUUAGAUGAAGAAAAAAAUCCUAGACUUAUUGGAAUAGAUGACUAUGAUAGUGAAGUUAUGAAACAAAAAGCAAAGAAAAAUGCUACUGAGGCAUUUGAUUGUGAAAAAGCUAGAACAAAACAAUUUGAUACAGCAGCUGCAUCCCAAGAAUUACGGCUUAGUGAUACACCUGAAAAUUUAGAGCACCCUCAACCUACUAUUUUUAAAGGAAAUCUUAAAGGUUAUCAAUUGAAAGGAAUGAAUUGGUUAGCCAAUUUAUACGAUCAGGGAAUCAGUGGAAUUUUGGCUGAUGAAAUGGGAUUAGGUAAAACUGUUCAAUCUAUAGCUUUUUUGUGUCACGUUGCUGAAAGAUAUUCUGUAUGGGGUCCAUUUUUGAUUAUUUCACCGGCUUCUACUUUGCAUAAUUGGCAACAAGAAAUGGCAAGAUUUGUACCAGUUUUUAAAGUGGUACCAUAUUGGGGAAAUCCACAGGAACGUAAAAUUUUAAGACAGUUUUGGGAUACUAAAGAUUUACAUACAAAAGAAGCAUCAUUUCAUGUAGUAAUUACAAGUUAUCAAUUGGUUAUUACUGAUUAUAAGUAUUUUAAUAGAAUAAAAUGGCAGUAUAUGAUUCUAGAUGAAGCACAAGCAAUAAAAAGCACUAGCAGUAUGAGGUGGAAAUUAUUACUUGGUUUUAGUUGUCGUAAUAGAUUAUUAUUAAGUGGUACACCUAUACAAAAUAGUAUGGCUGAAUUAUGGGCUUUAUUACAUUUUAUAAUGCCAACUUUAUUUGAUUCUCAUGACGAAUUUAACGAAUGGUUUUCUAAAGACAUCGAAAGUCAUGCAGAAAAUAAAACUGGAAUUGAUGAAAAACAUUUAUCGAGAUUACACAUGAUCUUAAAGCCCUUUAUGUUACGAAGAAUUAAAAAGGAUGUUGAAAAUGAGUUAUCUGAUAAAAUAGAAGUAAUGGUAUAUUGCCCUUUAACGACUCGUCAGAAAUUACUUUAUUCAGCAUUGAAGAAGAAAAUUCGUAUUGAGGAUUUACUUCAUUAUACAGUUGGUGGCGGUGAUACAGCUCCAAAUGAUAAAAAUUUUACUUCCAAUCUAAUGAAUCUAGUCAUGCAAUUCCGUAAAGUCUGUAAUCAUCCUGAACUUUUUGAACGUAGAGAUGCUAAAUCUCCGUUUUUUAUGAAUACACAGUCUUUUGAAAUGCCAGCAUUAUUGUAUACAGAAGGACUGUUACAUCUUGCUUUACCAUCAAAAAAUCAUUUAUUGUAUAAUAAAUUAUUUAUAUUUGCUACCGCAUAUAUUCACAAUUCACUUCACGGGGAAAAUCAAAACGGUUUACACGGAAAUAUUUUCUCAUUCAGUAGAUUUAUUAAUUUAUCUCCAAUGGAAUUAAAUAAAAUAUUUAUAACUGGUAUUUUAUUUAGAUUAUGUCUAACAAUGAUUAUGGAAAAAAAGAUGAGAAUGAUACGAUAUUGGAAUGAUUGGUAUGUAGAUGAUAGACCAAUAAUACCUAAAGAACAAAUGUUAUUAUUACCUAGAAAAAUUGACACAUCAUCGCAAACGAUUAGUGAUAUUAUUUUUACGGAAAAAAUACUUGAAGGAGAAGGUUUAUAUACACAUACUAUACAUACUAUUCAUUCAAUGCCAGAAACAGUUGCUCAUAGAAUAUUACGUAGUAGUAAAAAAACUGCUAUUCAAAUGUUAAAAAAAGGAGUAUCUUCUACUAAAACAGAACAAGGAGAAGAGACAAAAUUAACAUUGUUACCUGAACAUCCUCAUCUUCCUCGUCCUUCAAUUUCUAGAUUUUGUCAGCAAACAACCAUCCCUGCUUUUGUCCAUGACAAUUAUCCCAAGGUUCAAGCGAAUCCUCGUAAGUUGUAUGUUAGCAAUAGUUCUGCUGCAUGUGCAUGGAGAAGGCACGAAGAUUGUGGUGGACCAUUUGGCCAAACUUUACUUUGGUUUGGUUACGAAAGAGCAAUUUCUCUUUCUGAAUCACAAGAUAAUUUAAAUAUGCGUGUAAAACACAGAACAUCUACAUUCUCAUAUGAACCACUUGGUGGAUUAUCUGCAUGUAAUCCAAUAAAUGGAUGGUCUAAUAUUAUUGUACCAGACAAACAAACUUUAGUAACAGAUGCAGGAAAGCUUUCUGUUCUUGAUAGUCUUCUUCGACGAUUGAAAGAACAAGGCCAUCGCGUUCUUAUAUAUUCUCAAAUGACAAAGAUGAUUGAUCUGUUAGAGGAAUACAUGUACCAUAGGAAGCAUACGUUCAUGCGAUUAGAUGGUUCUUCCAAAAUUUCAGAUCGUCGUGAUAUGGUUGCAGAUUUUCAAAAAAGAGCAGACAUAUUCGUUUUUCUUUUGAGUACUAGAGCUGGUGGUCUUGGGAUUAAUCUUACUGCUGCAGAUACGGUAAUAUUUUAUGACAGUGAUUGGAAUCCAACAGUAGAUCAACAAGCUAUGGAUCGUGCUCACAGAUUAGGACAAACUAAGCAAGUUACUGUUUAUCGAUUAAUUUGUAAAGGUACUAUCGAAGAAAGGAUAUUACAAAGGGCACGUGAAAAGAGUGAGAUACAACGUAUGGUAAUAAGUGGAGGAAACUUUAAGCCAGAUACUCUGAAACCAAAAGAGGUGGUUUCACUUUUACUGGAUGAUGAAGAGAUUGAAGCGAAAUAUAGCCAACGGAGCGAGGAGAGAAAGCCGCACGUGGACGAGACUCGCCUUGAGUCGAACCUGCACCACAAGGAGAGGGAGCGGAAGAGGAAGUUAACCGCGCUUCCGGUCAAGGAUGAUUCUAAAAGGCAAUGCUUAAUGGAUGCCAAUGGCGAUAAAAUUGGUGAUAAUUCACAAGUUAAUUUGAAUGAUAGCAAACAAAUGACAAAUUCGAUACAAACACAUUAUCAAAAUAAUCAUCAAGUCGAUAUUCCUGAAGAUCAUAGUGUUCCUGCUAGUCCAAUCAAGUCAGAGGAUGAAACGAGCAAUGAAGGAUUAGUCGUCGAUGUGGAUAGUCCUAUGAUAGGAUCGAACAUUGAUUCGAGACAAUCGUCCGUUAAUCAGUUUGGAGAAUCGGCUAAAUCUGCACAUCUUGAUCACAAUUUUGUUAUGACUGGAAACGUUAGCGGACGAAUACGACCAAGUGUUCGUGGUAGUAGUAAAAGAGGAAGACCACGGGGUUCUCGAAGAGGUGGACCAGUUGGCGGAAAAGGCCGAGGUCUUUUCAUGAUUCAAUCUUCAUCAAAAUCUGCAAGCACUUUGUCUCAAUCAUCAUCAGCAACUACUGGCAGUUUAUCUUCUCAGGCCGAUCAAUCUAUGCAGCAUGCAGACUUUGUUCUCGGUGCAUCGUGUUAUGAGCGGAGGACACGAAGGAGGAACAAGACGGGUAAAUGAUCUCACGUAACGACACGUGGACCGAAGUUGAUUCGGUAUGCUGCGCGUAUGCUCGUGCUACAUACACGAAAAGGAAAGGGGUCGGUUUCUCACUUGUCGUUGACUGGAAGGCGAACGGACAAUAGCAGGUGCGGAGCGAAGGCGACAGCUGUGAUCGAUGCUCUUCUAAUUUCUCUUUAUCUCUAUCUAUCUUUUUUGUUUUAUUUAUCUAACUAUCUUUAACUUUUAAAUAUACUAUUCUAGACUUGACCAAUCAUUUAAAUUGCUUUUGAUUGAUAGUCAUAUUAAUCGUUAUUCAAAUCAAUAUUUUAAUGUUAAUUUUUAUAAUACACAAAAGAAUAUAAAGUUUUAAAAGAAACCUCAAAAGAAUAAUCAUCGAUUGAGACGCGUUCUAAGUUCUAAUAGUUAUCACGAACAUUCUUAUCGUGACUACUUCAUUUAUGAAACCCUUCGUAUUGAAAUGUAUUUUCGUGAUGCAAAUAAAUGUGAAAAAGCUAUUGGAUUUUGCGAAUUAUUCCGUCGCGUUUUGUCGCCAACUCGUACCAUACCGUAUCGUAUCGUACCGUACCGUGCCAUGCCAUAUCGUACUACCGUAUCGUAUUAUUCUAUACUUCGAUUUUAUUAUUUUUUCUAUACCUGGUAACGAAGUUAUAAACAUAUGUAAGUAUAAAUGUAUGAAGAAGAGGAUUUUAUAAUGAUUUAGAUUUUACGUACAAAAAUAAAACAAACAAAAUAUUACAAGUACAAAACGAAAAUUUUAGUUGGUAAAUUUUAUUAGACGGUGUCUAAUUUUGUUAUCUAUUAAUCUCUUUAUAUUGGUAAGAGAGGAUCACAAGACUUUGAUGUAAGCAUGUGUGGGUGGAAUCCUCCCGUAGCGAGAUAUAGAACGAAGGACACAAAGAAGCUGCCGGUGGAUUCGACGUAGUUGAAAGCGAAUGGAACGCGAGGAUUCACGGAAUGCCGCCGGUCUGGCUGACUCAACCCUUCCUUAUCCUAUCCUUCCAGUAUUAUCCCGUGGAAUCUUAACUGCGUUCAAUCAGUGAUCAAGCUUCUUUCCCAUCUUAUUUUUUUUUUCUUUUUUCAUUCCCUUUGUUUAAUCUGAUAGUAACUACUUCGUUGUUAAUUUUUCAUAGUUCUACGAAUGUUGACAGAACGAAUAUCGUAGUUAUUUAUUUCCCUUAAAUAAUAAAUCGUUCCAUUAAAUCGACUUAACAUAAUCCGAACAAAGAAUAACAUUGAGCCGUGCUUUUAUCGAAAAUUCACGGAUUCUUCAAUUUUGUUCUCUUUCCCAUCGUCGAGUGCCUACUUUAGAGUCCUCCAUGUAGAAGAGAACAAUUUGAAUGGGAUUGGGACGUGCCAUGGAAUGUUUAAGGAUUUGGAUGGGAAUAAGGAAGAAAGGACUAUACAAAAAGAAAUAAAGUAGGGAAGGAGAAGGCAGCCGAGACACGUUCUUCGUAUGUCCUCGUGCGGCUACUGACCUUCGACCCUGUCGCUCCACCCGCCUUCCCCUACUAUCUUCACUAUAUUUCUCAAUCUUUUCUUUUUAUUCCAGACUAUAUCUUGUCUCUCUGGACCUUACGAAUGCUGAGAAAAGAUGCUUUGGCACGAUCCGAAUGGUUCUACAAUGUUUCUUUUCGGUGAAUAAAUCGAUCUGUAAUCUAAUAUUUUGAAGGAGCUACUUUCCAGAAAACUGACGUAGCAGUCCUACAAAUUAUCACAAUACAAUCUCGAUAGUAUUUCAAGAAUUUACAUAAACUUAUAUAUAUAUAUAUAUAUAUUUAUUUUUUUCCAAGAUGAUCAAUAUUAUUUGUUGGUAUUAUAAGAAAACACGUAAAAU